UUUAAUCAAUCGAUGAUUUCUGAUUUACAAUUUACAUGACAGCCGAUUUUUGACAGCUAAAAAGAUUACACUGAAACGGGAAAUUUCGAGCAAAAUAAUGUAAUUAAUUUAUUUCAUACGAGCAGAACGCGUUGCCUAAAUAAAUAUUGUACACGUGUACGUUUUCUAGAGGUAAUAAUUAACAAUUCUAUUUCACAACAAACAGAAGUCAAGUUAUAAAAAUAGUGUUAUUAUAGGAGUGGAGUUGGGACACGUAAGUCUUUUGGUCAAAUGCGUGUUUUAAAAUUGAAAAAAUGAAGCGGUUUCAACUGUAUAUCUUGUGUUUAUGUGUUAUACUGUCGUCCGCUGAGUUAUUGGGUCCCGAAGCGCGUAAGAAAACUGAGAAAGAUGAGGAAGAGGAGCCAGCGGAAGGCACGGACAGUAAAUACGAUCGGGUCAGUGCGGAGUACUUCAAAGAGCUAAAAGAUGCUAUGAACAGGGAAAUUGUGAACCUCCAGGAGUAUACAGAAGCCCUCAGGAGUUCUAAAGAUGUACCAAAGGAAGAAGAAAUCAAUAAAGAUAGUCAUUUAGAUCAAAUGGAGUAUACUUUAAAGCUCCUCAAGAAGAGUUUCCUGAGGCACUCGGAGACAGCAUGGAUCAAUGACCCCAAGUCUGGGGAAAGCACUGAAAAUGAUGCUGAGAAAAUGGAAGAAAAUCCCCAGGACAUCUUGGACACGCUGCCUCCUUUACCAGAAGAAGAAGAAGCGGAGUUGUCUCCUGAGUUGAAAGAAGCUAAGGAGCUCUACGAUGUUGCCAUGGCGAAGUUAAACCGUCGCUCCCCGGACCUGCGCGGCGCCAUCCUGCAGAUCAAACAGGCCGCUGAUACCGGCUACGUGCCGGCUAAGAUCAAGUUAGCCUGGUCCUACCUGUUCGGGGAAGGUGUAGAGCUGGACCUGGAGAAGGCUAAGAAGAUAUUUGAAGUGCUCGCCGAAGAGGGAAAUGCUGAUGCUCAUGCUGGUAUGGGCUUCCUCUACGCAACCGGUAUCGCAGUCCCGGUGUCCCAGGCUAAGGCCCUGGUUCACUACACGAUGGGUGCUCUAGGAGACAGUGACUACGCACAGAUGGCGCUCGCGUACCGCUACUGGAGCGGCAACACCGUGCCCAGCUCCUGUCCCAAAGCCAUGGACCUGUAUAUGAAGGUGGCUUCCAAAGUGGCAAGUCAGGUGACAUUCAGCGGCGGUCCUGCCAUACAACGCACGCGGCUCAUCGACGAGGCGGAGGGCGGCGGGCCCGGCACGCUCGACACCGACCUCAUCGAGUACUACCAGCUGCUGGCUGAGAAGGGGGACGUGCAGGCGCAGAUCGGUCUAGGCCAGCUCCACUUCCAGGGCGGUCGCGGCGUCACGCUGGACAUCGGACGCGCGUUGCAUUACUUCCAACAGGCAGCUAAAGCUGGGAACUCGGUCGCACAUGCUUUCCUUGGAAAGAUUUACCUAGAAGGCGGUGACGGCAUCAAGGCUGACAACGAGACAGCGCUGAGGUACUUCCGUAAGGCAGCAGAACAGAACAGCCCGGUGGGGCAGAGCGGACUGGGCAUCAUGUAUCUACAGGGUCGCGGUGUCCCUAAGGAUACGUCAGCUGCCUUCAAGUACUUCACGAUGGCUGCGAACCAAGGAUGGGUGGAGGGACAACUGCAUCUCGGGUUUAUGUACUUUGGCGGUAUCGGCGUCCGUCGCGAUUUCAAGCAAGCCAACAAGUACUUCUCCCUGGCCUCGCAGACAGGCCACGUGCUGGCCCUGUACCACCUCGGACAGAUGCACGCGCAGGGACUCGGAGUCAUGAGGUCCUGUACCACCGCCGUCGAGCUGUUCAAGAACGUGUGCGAGCGUGGGUCGUGGGGCUCGCGCCUGAUGCUGGCCCACGCGGCCUGGCGCGCGCGGGACUCCGACUCCUCGCUGCUGCAGUACCUGGCGCUGGCCGAGCGAGGGUACGAGCUGGCACAGACUAAUGCUGCCUUCUUACUCGAUAAUGGCGAGGUGCGGCUGUUCCCGGGCAGCGAGCGCUGGUCCCGCGCGCUGCAGCUGUGGUCCCGCGGCGCGGCGCAGGGCUGCGGCGCGGCGCGCGUCAAGCUCGGCGACUACCACUACUACGGGCUCGGGACCCCGCAGGACCUCGAGGCCGCCGCCUACCACUACAGGAUAGCAUCAGAGCAGCUGCACAACGCGCAGGCGACGUUCAACCUGGGCUACAUGCACGAGCGCGGGCUGGGGCUGGCGCAGGACGCGCACCUCGCCAAGCGCUGCUACGACCUGGCGGCGGACUCGUCGGCCGACGCGCGCCUGCCCGCCGCGCUCGCGCUCGCCCGCCUCAACGCGGCCACCGCGCUGCAGAAUAUACUUGACUCCUUCUUCCAGAGCCCGCUGGCCGUGAUCUUCCUGUCCGGGGAGUCGCCGCUGGUGUCCAACUGGGACCUGUACCUCAUCACGGCGCUGCUGGGCGCGCUGGGCCUGGUCGUGUACCUGCGCAGGCCCGGCCCGCAGCCCGCGCACUAGACUAUAUACUGUGUAUAUAAGUGAUGUGAACCCUCGUGUAAAUAAAAUGUGAUGUUUAUUUAAUCUUAA